UAAUAAUCAAUUGUAUAAUUCCUUUUUUUUAGGAUUGUCUUAUUUUGAAAUCGAUUUAAUUUUGAUGUUUAAGUAUCUUGAAAAAUAAAGAAUGAUAAAUUGAUCUUUUAAAAAGAUCUAUCCUAUUAAGAUCAUAAUCGAAGAAAGCGAUAAUUCUAUCUUUUAGCCUUUUUCUACAAUGAUCAAUAUAUUUAAUUAAAGUAAUUAGAAAGAAUGUCUCCAUUUAAAAAAAUAAUUUAACAAAUAUCGUCAAUUCUAAUUAAUUAUUAUUUUGCAAUAUCGAAUUGCACAUUAAUAUUCAGAAAAUAAAAAUGAAGUUGAUCAAGAUCUAUAAAAGGAUCAAUACAAGGAUCAAUAUAAAAAUAAGAUGGAUCACAAGGAAGUAAAGCUAACAUAAGUCAGAGAUGAUGGAAGUGGAGAUAUAUAUAUAGAGAUGUAAGGGUGUGGGAGAAGGGAUGAGAGAGAAGAGAGGGAAGAGGGGAAAAAGGAAAAGGGGGAUCUCUCCCGGUUUUCUAUCUCGCUGAUUUCAGUCGGUGAGCCGACAUGCACGAAAGCUCCCCAGCAUCAUCCACGUAGUCAUCAUCCACAGAUAGAAGAAGAAGAGUCUUUCCAGUUUCUCUCUGACCGAAGGACGCUAAACAUUUUGGUUCUUUCGGGAGUUCUAUAUCGAAUUAAAAUUAAAGAACAACAUUGUGUUAGAAACCAUGGAUCGAUCUAUCGAUCUUCGUUAACGAUCCAAGCUUGGACUUUUGAAUAAAAAAUAAAAAGAAAAAACAAGAAAACAAAAUCAAUCAGUGUUUGAUUCACUUGUGUUCGACUCUCUCAAAGUGAAGUGCAGACUAAGUGAAGUCUAUCUUAGGAUCAUCAAAACGGAUUCUACUAUUAGAAAACUCAAUAAAUUAGGUACGGUGUUAUGUACAAAGAUCAGCAUCCUACGUAAAAACGCUUUCUCAGGGGUCAGGUGAAGUGGCUGGUGAAGAUUCAAGAUAAUUGAACAGUAUAAUUCAUUAGUAGUCCAUUUGCAAAAAUGACGGAAACAUCUAGAGAAGCUGAUGUGCCUGACUCGGAAAAUCCUGAUAAUGCGAGCACGUCUUUGAAUUUAGCAUGUACUCCUGCUAAUAAUGGCAAACCACUUCCGGAGCGUGGAACGUGGAGUACCAAAUUGGAUUUCAUUCUCAGCGUGGUUGGACUGGCCAUUGGACUCGGCAAUGUAUGGCGUUUUCCUUACCUCUGUUAUAAAAAUGGAGGUGGUGCUUUCUUGAUCCCAUAUUUCUUAACAUUGGUACUAGCUGGUAUACCAAUGUUCUUUAUGGAAUUAGCUCUCGGUCAAAUGUUAACAGUCGGCGGUUUAGGUGUUUUUAAAAUUGCUCCUCUUUUUAAAGGCAUCGGUUAUGCCGCUGCUGUGAUGUCCUGUUGGAUGAAUGUUUAUUACAUUGUUAUCCUUGCAUGGGCGAUAUUUUAUUUCUUUAUGUCCAUGCACAGUGAAUUACCUUGGGGUAGCUGUAAUAAUUACUGGAAUACAAAAUAUUGCGUAAAUCCUUACGAUAGAAGUUCGUUACUUUGUUGGGAUCAAAUGACAAGGAAUCACAAUGUAAUUAAGAUGUGUUCUGUUAAUCAAAUGAAUGUCACCGUCAAUGAACUCACAGAUCCUGUAAAAGAAUUCUGGGAACGUCGAGCAUUACAAAUUAGUGAUGGAGUAGAGUAUGUAGGUACUAUACGUUGGGAAUUAGCUGGUACUCUACUAUUGGUAUGGAUUUUAUGUUACUUUUGUAUCUGGAAAGGCGUAAAAUGGACUGGCAAGGUAGUUUACUUCACUUCACUCUUCCCUUACGUUUUACUUACGAUUUUAUUAAUUCGUGGGAUUACUUUGCCUGGUGCAAUGGAGGGUAUAAGAUUUUACAUCAGUCCAAAUCUAUCAAAAUUAAAAGAGUCCGAGGUAUGGAUAGACGCAGUUACACAGAUUUUCUUUUCCUAUGGACUCGGUCUUGGAACAUUGGUUGCUCUUGGUAGCUACAACAAAUUUACCAACAACGUAUACAAGGAUGCCCUGAUCGUUUGCUCGGUAAAUUCAUCGACCAGCAUGUUUGCUGGCUUUGUCAUCUUCUCGGUUGUUGGCUUCAUGGCUCAUGAACAACAAAAACCUGUAGCCGAAGUUGCUGCUUCAGGACCAGGAUUAGCUUUUCUUGCAUACCCUUCUGCAGUCCUUCAAUUACCAGGUGCACCUCUCUGGUCGUGUCUUUUCUUCUUUAUGUUACUUUUAAUUGGUCUGGAUUCGCAAUUUUGUACUAUGGAAGGUUUCAUCACUGCAAUGGUAGACGAAUGGCCUCAGUUAUUACGUCGACGUAAAGAAGUGUUUAUUGCGAUAGUCUGUGCUUUAUCUUAUCUCAUUGGACUCUCAUGUAUUUCGCAAGGUGGAAUGUACGUCUUCCAAAUCCUGGACUCUUAUGCUGUAUCUGGAUUCUGCUUACUCUUCCUGAUCUUCUUCGAAUGUAUCUCGAUCAGUUGGGCUUUCGGGGUGAACAGAUUUUAUGAUGCCCUUCGGGAUAUGAUCGGUUAUUAUCCUCUAAUGUGGUGGAAAUUUUGUUGGACUAUAACAACUCCGAUGAUAUGUGUCGGAGUUUUUGUCUUCAAUUUGGUACAAUGGACACCGGUAAAAUACUUGGAUUAUGAGUAUCCUUGGUGGUCACACGUAUUGGGAUGGUUCACAGCAUUAUCGUCUAUGCUUUGCAUACCAGGAUACAUGUUAUAUGCAUGGAUGAAAACACCAGGUGAUAACAGUACGAAAUAUAAAUUGUUAAUUCGAAUAGAAGAUGAUGUUGCAGCGUUACGAACAAAAAUGGGCCAACCAUCGGUCGAAUUAACACCACUUUAAAAUGUUUAGUCCCUGUUUUUCUCAAUUACCUGGAUCACAGGGAUCUAUUUUGACUUUAUGAGAUAUGAGGAGAAAGAACGCAACACUGCCGUUCUCGUUGCUUCCAAAAAGUUUCAACGCUUUAUGCGUAUGACAAUUGAAUCGGCUUAUUAACUAGCCAAUCUUGUAGGUAAUACGUCGAUCUAUCGCGAACAGUGCAAUAUAAACAAUAACAAAUGAUAUUAAUAGCGCUAUUUGUUAUUAUUACUUCGAACAUAUUGGAAAGGACGAGAAUUCUGCUUCUAUUAUUAAUUGUUGGCGUUAAAACUCUUGUAAAAAGUUGUGUAAAAAAAAAAGGAAGAGUGUGUUAUAUCUAAUGUAGGCAUAUGCCAACAAAUAAUAUAUACACGUGUCUUUAUGUGCAAUGUACUCAUAAUACGUUAUUAGUUUGAGUUGCACUUGUAUGCUCUUUAGGUUGAGAAUUUAGUACCUUUAGAAAGAUCAAUAUAUGUGUGUGUGUGUAUAUAUAUAUAUAUAUAUAUAUAUAUAUCUACACAUAAACAUAUACACGUAUAGAGUUAUAUUACAUAAACGUAGGUAUAUAGGAUAUAUAGAUGUGUAUGUAUAAAAAGAAUAAUAUAUGUCAAAACGUUAGAUUUAGUACGCUUAUAAGAUCGCAUAAAGAAUUAUUACGAAGAAAAAUCAAAAAACAAAACAAAAAAAACAACAAAUAAUUUAUUCGUUAUUGUUUAUCACACUUAAUUGUUCUAUUUGAGUUUUAACACCAAUCGUGAAAGAGUAAAUGAAAUGACAAAAAAAACCAACAAUAAAAAAGAAAAGGCAAACUUCAAUUAAAAUCAUUCUUUACUGUUGAAUAUAAUCAAAAGAAAUAGUGCAUGUACAUACAUAUGUAUAUGCAUCCGUAAUGUGUUCAUAUAAUGAAUAUAAAAUGAUGAUCAUUUGUGGAUCGACGUGUAGACGAUCUCCAUUUCGAGUAUUUCUUUUUUUUUGUUUCAUUUUUUCGAAAAAAUACAAAAUAUAAGACGAAUAGAAAAAACAUUCACUUAAUUCAAUAAACAUUUAAUGCGACUGUUAUUAAAUUCGAUUUCGAUUUUAGCAUAUUGUAUGUAUAACAAAAAUAUCUUAAUCUGUUAUUUAUUAUUUCAUUAGAUGGAUAAUUUGAUCUAUUUUAACUUAGAAGUUAAAUCAUGACGCGCUUAAUACAAAUCUCGGUUUAAAUUUCGCGCCAAAAUAGAAUGGGCCAUUUGGCUUGUCGCAUACGAAAUAUUAUUUAUUGCAAUAAUACUACUUCAUAACUAUUAUUAUUAUUAUUAUUAUUAUUAUUAUUAUUAUUAAUAUUAUUAUUAUUAUUAUUAUUAUUAUUAUUAUUACUAUUAUUAUUAUUAAUCCCUUCAUUUAUUAUUAAUAUUUAUUAUUAACAACAAUCUUUUUUUUCAAUGACAUUUUUUUUGAAACUUUAGUCUUUUCUAUAUAUCUUAUUAUAUUUAUUACGACAUCGAGAUCUUUACGUCGGUUGUUCGUUUUUAUUUUUUAUUUCAAUCAUUAAGUUUCAUUUCGCAUAAGAAAAUUUUAAUUUCCAAAAGACAUAUUGAGAUAUAUGAUCAUAAUAAUAUCAAUCUACAUUAAUGCCUUCAGUACAUGCUGUUAACGAAAAUGUUAAUUCAUCAGUGUAACUGGAUUUUAAAAUAGCAUUGUUUUAUUCAUAUGAAUUGUAUUACAAUGACACGUCAAAUAAAUUUUUGUGAUUAUAUAA